AUGAUGGAAAGGGCGGUUGACGGAGAACGAUUAAGUAACGGGAGACGGAUUGAGGUAGACAAAAAAGCUCCUUCAAUCGCGAUUCUUGCGGACGUGAAGUCCGCUAAACGUGGGACACCGUUUUACAUAUUGAAAAGGCUAGAAGUUUUUAAGAUCCUCAGCACCAACUGGCAAAAACGUGUAACUGCUGGCUGUAAUUCCUAUAAGAAUUAUGACUGGUCAGAACUGCUUGUACAAUUGAGAAGUGUUCCAACAACUCUGUGGUUUCUUGUCCGAAACAUCUUUGGCCACAAGCAGUAUGGUCGUGGCCAACGAUCUGCUCCUCGAGGGACGCUCUUGGAGGGUAGACGGUUGGUCACGGAUACGUACCUGACUUUAAAUAACGAGAACGAGAUUGCCGACCUGUGUCCAACGUCUCUUCUCUCAUAUCGUAAAGUUUUACGGGUUAAUAAAGAGGGUACACGCUAG